CUGGAUCAAGAAGUGCACUUCAUUAACGUUUUCCAUUGUCGAGUGUUACUUAGGAAACAUUCAUCUUUACAAUGUUUAGCUCACGACUACGCUCUAGAAGCGCACGAGUUGGAGCCUGCGGAUGUCGAGGUGCUGUCGGUUCUGUGUUCAUCCACAGGAAAAUUAGCCGAGGAUAGUAGCACGGUAGAUAAAGUCAAAUACGGUUUCGAAUUUCAGAAAUAUCUUGACGAAGCCAUUGCCAUUUAUGCCGAUUCGUACGAGUUUCUGCACAUGAGAGGACGAUUUCAGUACCAAGUUUCUACGCUUGAUCCUGUGGAGAAGGCAAUGGCAAGAGCUCUUGGAAGCCUUCCGGAUGUAAGCUUGACAGGCGCCCUCGAAGAUCUGCUUGCGAAACAGAACGUUUUUUUUUUAGAAAAAACUGCAUAUGAUGUCUCACCAGAUGAAAUUGAAAAUAUUUUCUUCAUAGGAAAAACCUAUGACGCUAUGGGCGACUACCCUAAUGCAAAGAUCUAUCUAGAAAAGGUAUUAUUUAACAAAGAUCCGGAAUGUGUGGUGGAACGUGAAUAUGUGGACGAGGCGACCCAAAUCCUUGAAAGCACAAAGUACCUCUAG